ACAAUAGUCGUUACAACACGGGUUGGUGCAACAAAAGUUAGAGACCAUUAGUCCGCCGCAGGUAAAUACGCUUGUAACAGAAAGUCUUUGCAAACGCACUCACGCGUAAAGCGGUAUCACGUGACACGCAAAAUCGGCACUUUUGCGUAAGCAUAUACAUCGUAUAUCUGCGUAAACAAUUAUAGCAAGCAUAAGCGUAUUAAUAUGGUUGGUUGUUCUAUUCCAACAUGCACGGGCAAUUCUCGUAAAGGAGAUAAAAUGUACAGGUUCCCUUACGGCGAAAGGAGAGUCUCCUGGCUCGCAAACUGCGCAAUAGAGGGUUGGGAGCCUGGCGCUAAUUGUAAAGUAUGCCAGCAUCAUUUUGAACCAAACCAAUUCAAAACAAAUGAAGACGGAGCGCGUAAGUUAAAGCGAGAUGCAGUUCCUACAAAGUUUCAUCAUAAUUCAAACUGUGAAGAAUUAGUUAAAAGAACACCUCGUGCAAAAGUGCUUAGUAAUGCAAUGUCACUCCUAAAGAAAGAGAAAAUAAAAGAAGAAAUAGAAAAAGACAAACAGGAUGAAAUACAAGAAAGACGCGUUGUAACAGUUAACAAAUCAAGGAAAAGAAGAUCAAAACGUCAAAUCAUAAAACAAGAUAAGAAAAAGAAACAAAUUAAUUUCUUGGAUUUUGAUUUCGAGGGAUAUGAAGUGAGCGUUCAAUGCACAAGAUGUGAUUGUUUGCAGAAGGAAGUGGAUUACUUGCAACACCAGCUUAUUAUUUCCAGUUAUUUGGCAUGCAACAGCGUGUGGGUGAAUUAGAACAAGAACUUUCAAAAAAACCAAGAAAACAACUGCUGGCGAUAAAGUGACGUAAAGUACAAUAUGUGGUCACAUCAUGAGUUUAUAGAGAUAUGUGUUUACAAACAAUUAUGUAUUUGAAUAUUCUGUUCAUCUCUGAUCAGAACACUGCCAUAUAUUCCACCCCUUGUUUUACUUGUUGUUGUCAUUAAUGUUGAAUAAAGUUUUAUAUUAUUUUUAAA